AUGUGUGUGGAUAGUCGUGCUAUUAAUAGGAUCAAGGUGAAGUAUAGUUUUCCCAUUCCUAGACUUGACAAUAUGCUAGAUAUGAUGGUUGGUGCUAUAAUAUUUUUGAAGAUUGAUCUAAAGAGUGGAUAUCAUCAGAUUAGAAUCCGUCCCGGGGUAUCUGCUGACCCUGGUAAGAUUCAGUCGAUUCUUGACUGGCCUGAACCUAAGACUGUUCAUGACGUCAGGAACUUUCACGGCUUGGCGGCUAAGGCCUUUAAGUUGGUCAAGAAGCGAAUGACAGAGGCUCCUGUCACGUGCCUUUCGGAUUUUUUCAAUAUCUUUGAGGUCGAGUGUGAUGCUUCUAGGACCUAUUCUUUUAUUUUGAAACACAAGAAGGGUGUGGAGAACCAAGUGGUUGAUGCUUUAAGUCGUCGUGUCUCCCUUUUGUCGAUCAUGAGUGUUAAGGUCAUCGGCUUUGAAAGGCUUAAGGAGGAUUACGAGUCGUGUCCUAAUUUUAAGGAUAUCUUUCUUGAUUUACAAGGUGGACAGUCGGAUACCACAGAUGGCUUCCGACUUGAGGAGUGUUACCUUUUUAGAGUCAAUAAAUUGUGCAUCCCUCGAACUUCAGUGCGGGAUUUCAUAGUGUGA